AUGGCGACCGGAGGAUUGCUGCUUGGGCGCUCAUUUCCGUUGCUGCUAAUCAACAGUAGCAAGACGGUGAAGCUCAACAAUGGCUAUGGCCGCCGCGCCUCUUACUCUUUUCUCGACGGGAGUAGUAAUCCUCUUUGGCGGCAAAACAGCGUGACGAAGUUUUCAGCGAAAGCAUUGGCGAACGAGGAAGCGCCGGACGUCCGGCGACUAGCUAAAACCGCUCGAAUUUUGCUCACCGAACAGGAGGUGGAGGAGUUCGGCCCCAAAAUCAAGCAAGUGAUUGACUGGUUUGGACAACUUCAAGGUGUGGAUCUCAAUCAAGUCGAGCCUGGGAUCCGAGCAGCAACAGCAGCAGAGGCUGAAGAAGAAGUGAACUUGAGAGACGAUGUUCCUGUAACAUUCCCCAAAACGGAUGCCAUCAUCGAAGGCCUUCCAAGCUACGACGAGCCUUACGUUCGAGUUCCUAAAGUCUUGCACAAGGAGGAUUGA